UAUUCUUUGAUUUUUCCUUGUGUAGCGCAGAGACUGGCUUCAGGAGAGUUGGACCUACAGGAUAUAAAUCACGCUUGCUCAAGUUUAAUGAUGAGGGGAGAAACAACGUCCGCAUGACUGAGGUGGCAUAUGUUAAGGAAAGUGUUACUCCAGACAAUGUCUACAUCAUUGAUAAUGGCCUGACGCUUUACCUGGUGAAUGGCCGUCAGUCUGAUAAGGAUGAAAGAUUCAAAGCCUCACAGUAUAUAAAUCAGCUGAAGAGUGAGAGAGGAGCAGCAAAAAGUGAGGUUAUUGAUGAAAAGUCCCCACAGGUGUCUAAACUUCCUUCUGGAGACGUUGACUCAGAGGACCCAACUGAUGAUGAUUUUGAGCCUACCAUCAAGAAACUAAGUGAUGCUAGUGGACAGCUGGAAAUGACUGACGUGAACGGGUUCUCCAAGGGUGUGCUGAACAGCAACGAUGUAUUUGUGGUUGACACUGGCAAACAGUGCUUUAUUUGGGUAGGAAGGGGUGCUAGUAUUGAUGAAAGGCGCAAAUCUAUGGAAUACGCUCAUAACUACUUGAGGACCACUAAGCAUUCAUUGGUCCCAGUGACAUGUGUGAAGGAGGGCCAGUCCUCAGCGGAGUUUGAUGCUGUGUUUUGAACUGUCAGCAAGCACAUUUUCAAGAGCUGAAUGACGGCCUGA